UUCAAAUCUGGCACCCACCGAAACAUAAAGACUGCACCGUCUACUUCUCCCCGGCCACGGGCGACUCCCUGGUGGCCAAGUUUGUCUUCUACAAGAAUGAGCAGUACUUUGCGGAGUGUGCAGAGGAGUCGGUUCAGCUGAGAGCAGGGGAUCAGGCGUUGUUAGGUGAGCGUACUUGAAGAAAAAGCAGUGGAGAAAAACUGGAGGAGCAUUUUCUUUGCGUGGACCUUUCUGACAAUGGUAACAUAGGGUGAACAACACGAUGCAGCGGCGUGCAAGGAAGCGGAAAGUGGUGGUGCGCUAGAAUGAUGCAGCGGCGUGCAAGGAAGCGGGAAGUGGUGGUGCGCUAGAAUGAUGCAGCGGCGUGCAAGGAAGCGGGAAGUGGUGGUGCGCUAGAAUGAUGCAGUGGCGUGCAAGGAAGCGGGAAGUGGUGGUGCGCUAGAAUGAUGCAGUGGCGUGCAAGGAAGCGGGAAGUGGUGGUGCGCUAGAAUGAUGCAGUGGCGUGCAAGGAAGCGGGAAGUGGUGGUGCGCUAGAAUGAUGCAGUGGCGUGCAAGGAAGCGGGAAGUGGUGGUGCGCUAGAAUGAUGCAGUGGCGUGCAAGGAAGCAGGAAGUGGUGGUGCGCUAGAAUGAUGCAGCGGCGUGCAAGGAAGCGGGAAGCUGUGGUGCGCUAGAAUGAUGCGCGUGUACUUGUUGCCAACGAAGUGAAUUUUAGCGCAAAGAGGCAACGGCUCUUAUUCCCGGAAUCGGGUGCAUGAGCAAAGAAAUGUGUCAGUGCUCUUGCAAAUUACCAAAGAGAUCUUUGCGAUUACUCUUACCAUCCUGCCAUUUUUUAAUGCAAAUUUUCAGGCCCCAAUGGUUGAUAUUUGUUGAUGCAACUUUUUCAGGCCCCAAAGGUUGAUAUUUUUUACGCUACUUUUUCAGGCCCCUAAGGUUGAAAUUUGUUGAUGCAGCAAUUUGUUCAGGGCCCAAAGGUUGAUAUAUGUUGUUGAAACUGUUUGAGGCCCUUAAGGUUGAUACUUGCUGAUGACAACUGUUUGAGGCCCCUAAGGUUGAUACUUGCUGAUGACAACUGUUUCAGGCCCCUAAGGUUGAUACUUGCUGAUGACAACUGUUUGAGGCCCCUAAGGUUGAUACUUGCUGAUGACAACUAUUUGAGGCCCCUAAGGUUGAUACUUGCUGAUGACAACUGUUUGAGGCUCCUAAGGUUGAUACUUGCUGAUGACAACUAUUUGAGGCCCCUAAGGUUGAUACUUGCUGAUGACAACUGUUUCAGGCCCCAACGGUUACUGUGAAAGGGAAACACCUGGCGACGAUUAUGACUUGGGAGACAACGGAUCGUUGACCUACCUGCACACACAUUUUCACCACAAGCUGACGGCCACGUUGCUGAUAACUGAGGUUUUCAAGCGUCUACUACUAGCGGCAGGUCUGUUUGACUUUAUAAAUGCAGAUCUGUUUGGCUUUAUAGCGGCAGGUCUGUUUGGCUUUAUAAAUGCAGAUCUGUUUGGCUUUAUAACGGCAGGUCUGUUUGGCUUUAUAAAUGCAGAUUUGUUUGGCUUUAUAAAGGCAGAUCUUUUGGGAUUUAUAACAGCAGAUCUAAUUGGCUUAGUAAAGGCAGGUCUGUUCGGCUUUAUAACGGCAGUUCUGUUUGGCUUUAUAAAGGCAGGUCUGUUGGGCUUUAUAAAGGCAGGUCUGUUUGGCUUUAUAACGGAAGUUCUGUCUGGUUUUAUAAAUGCAGGUCUGUUUGGCUUUAUAAAGGCAGAUCUGUUUGCCUUUGUAACGGCAAGUCUGUUUGGCUUUUUAAAGGAAGGUCUGUUUGGCUUUAUGAAGGCUGGUCUGUUGGGAUUUAUAACAGUAGAUCUGAUUGGCUUCGUAAAGGCAGGUCUGUUUGGCGUUAUAACGGCAGUUCUGUUUAGUUUUAUAAAUGCAGGUCUGUUUGGCUUUAUAACGGCAGUUCUGUUUGGCUUUAUAACGGCAGGUCUUUUGGGAUUCAUAACGGCAGAUCUUUUUGGUUUACUAAAGGAAGGUCUGUUUGGACACCCCCCCCCCCAACCCCCAAAUUCUAUCUUAUUGUCCCUGGUUAAAGCGCUUUUCUCUUUUCUACUGAAUACAAGUGGCCAACCUUUUCAUCUUCGUAGCCCAACCACCGCUAAGCAAAUGUUAAAAAUGAUGCAGUUUACAACCUGCUUUCCCGAUUGGAGUAGUAAACAUAAAAAUAAGAAUGAAAUAAUUUUUAAAAUCUUUGAAACAAUAAUUGUAAUACUUAUUUGAUUUUUUUUUAAAAUUAUUCUCAAAACACCUUUUCUAUUUUUUUUUAUUUUUUUAUUUAUUUAUUUUUUUAUAUCCCCCCCCCCCACUUUUCCCUUUUUUAUUUCACACAGGAUGCUUCAACAAUUCAUUUAUUUUAUUUUUUUUUUAAAUUAUUUUUAAAACACCUUUUCUAUUUUUUUUUAUUUUUUUAUUUAUUUAUUUUUUUAUAUCCCCCCCCCCCCACUUUUCCCUUUUUUAUUUCACACAGGAUGCUUCAACAAUUCAUUUUACUGCAGCGAGCAGAUGUUCUGCAUAGACCGGACCCUGGUGUGCAACACCUAUGACGACUGCGGCAACAACGAGGACGAG